AUGAAGCCAGGAUUUCCGGCUGAGGAGGAAGAGCACAUUAGAAAGGAAAUCGAAUCUUCUACUAGGCCUUUAUCCUUGUCUAAUUCAAUAGCAGAAGCACCCCAAGAAGCCAGCGGUUUCAUCCAUGCGCCAACCAUUGAGUUGCUAGGAGAAAUUGUGAUUAAAGAAGUCAGCAGCUCCCACAGGAAAAUCCCGGUGAUUGAAUAUGAAGUGAGCAAUGCUUCUCAGAAGGGGUCGAAAUCUCGUCCAAUUUCUGUUUCAUCUCAAAUAUUCACACAAGAGAUUUCGACUAAAGAUUCACCAUCAUAUGGAAGCUUUACUGAUGAAGGGAAGAUUUUAAAGAAAGAGGGAGGCAAAUAUGGAGAACCCAAGAUAGAAUUCAUUACUCCAGUUAGGCGGUCGAGUCGAAUUCGCGACCGCACAGUCAUGUCUCCAUGA